UGUAUUCGAUGAAAAAGAGCAGCUUGAGAAGAUGAAAAAUGAGAUCGCAGAAUUCUCUAAGAACCCACAAGCUUUACUUUUGGAGGCAGUUCACUCCGCUGGUUAUGUUGGACCUUUUGCAAAUCCACUUAUGGCUAGUGAAGCCUCAAUUAACAAGUUAGAUGGCACUGCUUUGGAGGAAUUUGUUGCUGAGAAUUACACUGCUUCUCGCAUGGUGCUUGCUGCAUCUGGUGUUGAGCAUGAAGAACUGUUGAGGAUUGCUGAACCAUUGCUUUCUGACUUGCCUAAUGUGCCUCGGUAUGAGGAGCCUAAGCCUAUAUAUGUAGGAGGUGACUACCGUUGUCAAGCCGAACAAGGGAUGACUCAUUUUGCCCUUGCUUUUGAAGUUCCUGGUGGCUGGCAUAAGGAAAAGGAUGCAAUGAUUUUAACAGUGCUUCAGAUGCUUAUGGGAGGGGGUGGCUCUUUCUCUGCCGGUGGCCCUGGAAAGGGAAUGUACUCAAGGCUAUACCUCCGUGUCUUGAAUGAGUACCCACAAGUCCAUGCAUUCUCUGCAUUCAGCAGCAUUUACAAUAGUUCCGGAUUAUUUGGCAUUCAGGCAACCACUUUUUCUGAUUUUUCAUCAAAAGCUGUUGAUAUAGCAGUUAAAGAGCUGACUGCCAUUGCAAAUCCUGGUGAAGUUGACCAAAGUCAGCUUGAUCGUGCUAAACAGGCAACAAAAUCCGCCAUUCUGAUGAACUUAGAAUCCAGGAUGGUUGCAUCAGAAGACAUAGGCAGACAAGUUUUGACAUAUGGCGAGAGGAAACCUGUUGACCAUUUCUUGAAAGCAAUUGAAGAAGUUUCAGCAAAGGAUAUUGCAUCAGUUGCCCAAAAACUUAUAUCAUCUCCUCUCACCAUGGCUUCCUAUGGAGACGUUCUUAAUCUUCCAAGUUAUGACAAUGUUAGCAGCCAUUUCCGGUCCAAAUAAUUUCCUCAGCUGCAGAAUCGGAAACUCAGAAGUUAAUAACUUUUUUUUUGCACAUUUGGAAGUUUUUGAGCUACUCUUUGGCCAUAUAUUUAUGGGAAUAAUCAAUCUUUUAUAAUAAUUGAACCUUAGUUUGUGUCUAGCAAAAUGCGUAAACUUG